GGGCGGUGUCCCGGCUCCCCCCCGCCCCUCGCCGGCCCCGAACCCGGCCCUGCCCCACGUGAGCAGCGGUGCCGGGGCUGCUGCAAUGGAGCUGCCGGCCGUCAGCCUCAAGGCUAUCAUUCUGGUACAUUGGCUGCUCACAGUGUGGGGAUGCAUGAAUUACAUGUUGCCACUGUCCUAUGCCUGGGGGAAUUUCAGUGUCCUUGCAGUGGGGAUCUGGGCCAUUGUGCAGCGCGAUUCCCUUGAUGCCAUAACGAUGUUCUUGGCUGGGCUGCUGCUCACAGUCCUCACAGACAUCAUUCACAUCUCUAUCUUCUACCCUUCACAAGACUUCCUCAGUGAUGCGAAGCGUUUCAGUAUAGGCAUGGCCAUCUUCAGUCUCCUCCUCAAACCUGUGUCCUGCUAUUUGGUGUAUCGAAUGUAUCGGGAGCGUGGAGGAGAGUACACCUUUAACAUAGGUGUCACCAGUGCAGGCCAGGACCGCAGCGCCUACGAGCCCAUUGAUCAGCCAGACGUGCCUCCACAGUGGCCUUCCCCAGGCAAGGCAGCCCAGCCGCCCUACUGAGGCACGCUGCAGCCCAGGACACACACUGCUGUCACCCAGCUGAGCCUUCCACUCUUCCCACGGAGCAGCACCUGCUACUGGGCAAACAGAAGAGCUGAUAUUUCUUUUGCCUACCUAAAGGUUAGGCAGAUGGGUUCUGCAGUAAGUGCAGAAGAUUUUGGAGGUGUGUUAAGCACUGUGACUCACUGUAAUCCCAGUACUCUCCUUUCCUCCCUCCUCUGUACAUGUGACUGGAUGCAGCUCCUGCAGUGUUCCAGUCUUUCAUUGUGCUUCCUCUUCGUUAUAAGAGAACCACUCAAAGUACUCCUGGACACGCAAUUUGAAAGGCUUAUGGACUGCCCUAAGACAAGACAGUGUAACCUAAUUUUAUGCAGAUAUUUUUCCAGGAAACAUCUGGGAGUUCCCAAGAGCUGUUAUUGAUGGCAUUAUUUAACUUCUUGUGCUCCCAGUAUCUGGUAUUGGGUUUUAUUAACUGAUGCUUUUAGGCAAGUUGAAUGUCCUUCAGGAUACUUAAAAUGACUGUUGAAUGUCAAUUAUAGAUCCUUUGUGCCUUGAAAUAGCUUUUUGCCUUCAGCUGCUUGUCUUAACAGAACUGGAAAUGUUACAUUUUUCUAAGAAAACUAUAAAAUGAACACAGAUUUUCUGUGUUAGAAAAA